UACAUUAAGGGUCUACCAGUGUGGAUUCUCAUGUUUUAAUCAAAUAUUUUAAAGAAUUUACUCCAAAAUACUUCUUACUAUUUUCCUUUUCUUAUAAAACUAUCAAUAUGACUAUUGUCGAAUAUAUGUCAUCGUUGGCCCAAAAUCCUUAUUUCGGUGCCGGAUUUGGUUUAUUUGGAGUUGGCGCCAGUGCAGCAAUAUUACGCAAAGGUUUUCAGACUUCUAUGCUUCUAUUCCGACGACAUUGUAUGAUAACACUAGAAGUACCGUGUCGAGACAAGUCGUACCAGUGGUUACUGCAGUGGAUCACUCAAAAAGGCGCCAGACAAACUCAACAUUUGAGCGUGGAAACCUCAUUCUUACAAAAAGAUACUGGACAAAUAAAAACUAAAUAUGACUUUAUACCCAGUGUUGGACAACAUUUUUUCAGGUAUGCUGGAACAUGGAUCAAAGUAGACAGAACUCGGGAACAACAAACACUUGACUUGCAUAUGGGUAUACCAUGGGAAACAGUCACUUUGACUGCUUUUGGGCGUAAUAAACAACUUUACUAUGAUAUACUUGAAGAAGCACGUACUAUGGCUUUAAAACAGCAUGAGGGUAUGACGGUAAUGUAUACUGCAAUGGGUUCUGAAUGGCGACCAUUUGGACACCCACGGCGGCGUCGUCCGCUCCACAGCGUCGUGCUUCGCUCUGGCCUGGCAGAACACAUCUUAGCAGAUUGUUUAGACUUUAUCAACAACCCUCAGUGGUAUACAGAUCGUGGCAUUCCCUACAGAAGAGGUUACUUAUUGUAUGGACCUCCAGGCUGUGGCAAGUCAUCUUAUAUAAUGGCGCUAGCCGGUGCAUUAGAAUACAACAUUUGUGUUCUAAACUUAUCUGAAAGAGGUCUUACGGACGAUAGACUGAACCAUCUACUCAGUGUAGCUCCUCAACAGUCGAUCAUACUUCUUGAAGACAUAGACGCAGCAUUCGUAUCACGAGAAGACACCCCACAACAGAAAGCAGCAUACGAAGGUCUUAAUCGCGUCACAUUCAGUGGAUUAUUGAAUUGCCUCGAUGGUGUCGCAUCCACUGAAGCGCGAAUAGUAUUUAUGACUACCAACUACUUAGAAAGAUUAGACCCUGCCUUAAUUCGCCCAGGAAGAGUAGACAUGAAGGAAUAUGUAGGAUACUGUGACCAAGAACAGGUGGAACUUAUGUUCUUGAGAUUUUACAAAGGAGAACAAGCUGCAGAACAUGCUAAAACUUUCGCUAAAAUGGUCCUUGAACAGAAGAAAGACGUCAGUCCAGCACAGAUACAAGGCUACUUCAUGUUCCAUAAGCAUUCACCACCAGAAGAUGUAUUGUCUGAUGUUGAAACGAUAUGGAAACUUGGAUAACAUAAAUUUGUGAUUAAAUAAAUUUAAGUGUUAGAAUAAAUAAAAAGCAUAACUACCAAA